CAACAACAACAACAACAACAACAACAACAACAACAACAACAACAACAACAACAACAACAACAACAACAACAACAACAACAACAACAACAACAACACCAACAACGAUUUCUACAGUGCAAGCCCGGAACCACCAUCGCCGCCAAGCUUUAAGGGUUCCGAUUCGGAAUCGCGGGGACGGGAUUCCCCGGAUGUGGCACCAGCGAUGGGCUCGGGUUCUCGGACUCGCAGGGAUGGUUCGGUUGGCCGUCUUGGUUCGACAAACACAAAGCCAAACAACUUCAACGAAAACGAAAACGAGAACACGAGUACCGCCAUGGUCGACGGCGAGGACAACGGCAUGGUCCGAGGAAAAAGCAGCGAGGAUCCGACCGCUUCCGAAAGGACGGAACCGGCGCCCGCUGCCUCGGGAACGCCUUCCGGAAAACCGGAGACCGGAAACAGGACCUACCGGGAAAGCGAAGGGAGCACCCCUAGCGGUCAACAAAGACCGCCACUGGUGGCCCCCCUCCGAUUGUCGAAGGUUCCAAAACCAAAACCGAUGCCAGCGCCGGAACCCAAAUCCAAGGUUGCUGCCGUCCCCUCCAUCGAGGCCAACCCGUACGACGACUUUGUCGGUUCGCUGCAGGCGCAGCUCGAACGCGUAGAGCGAGACAUCGAUGUGUUCCGGGGGGCAUCGUCUUCUGUGGAGGGCAAUACCGACAGCAACACCGACAGCAACAGCAACGGCAACAACAAGCCGAUCAAUCUCAACAGUCCCAAGCAGGUGUCCCAGCUCCUUUUUGGACGACCGGACAUGUCGACCAACAAGAGCACGCUCGAGGGAAUAGCGGGCUCCAACGUCCUGGCCAAACUGGUCUUGGAAUACCGCGACGUCAAGCGGAGACUCAACAAGGUCCUCAAGGACCAAGAAUUGAGAGCCGAACAAGAACGGGAAGCCGAGCAACGACAACAAAGCGGUGCUACCCCCCAGGAGUCCCCGCCGUCGAACAAGGCCAACCGGAUCGGCGACGGAGAUCCCGUCCUGCUCUUCGACACGAGCUCCUUCAUUUUCCGGGCCUACUACAGCUCACCACCGAUCCACAGGGGCCGCGACGGGAUGCCCGUAGGAGCCGUCAUGGGCUUUUGCAGCAUGAUGAACAAGCUGCUGCUCACCUCGAUGCUCGGGGGGGAAACCCCGCGGCUGAUCCACUGCCUCGACGCCCCCGGGCCGUCCUUCCGGAACGACCUCUACCCCGACUACAAGGCCCACCGGCCGCCCUGCCCGCUGGACCUCGUCCCGCAGUUCGAGCUCAUCAACAAGGCCGCGAGGGCCUACGGGAUGAUCCAGAUCCAGGCCGACGGAUACGAGGCGGACGACGUGAUCGCGAGCCUCGCGACCAUGGGCAGCCAGAACGAGGGCCUGGACGUGAAGAUCCUAAGCGGCGACAAGGACCUCAUGCAGCUCGUUACGGAACACGGCGAUGGGGAACACGCUUGCGGGGGCGAGCCAGAAGGCGGCGCGGUGCACGUCCUGGACCCGAUGACGAGCAAGCUGUGGAACCACCGCGCGGUCCGCGAAAAAUGGGGGGUCCGGGCCUCGCAGCUGGGCGACGUCCUCGCUCUGGCGGGGGACGCCGCCGACAACGUUCCGGGGGUCCCGGGAAUCGGCCCCAAGAUCGCCGCCAAGCUCCUGGAGGAGUUUGAGACCCUGGAGGAACUGCUGGACCGGACGGCCGAGAUCCCCCAGCCGAAGCGCCGGGAGAAGCUGGAAACCCACGCGGGGUCCGCCCGGAUCUCGAGGGAGCUGGUGGAGCUCAAGCGGGGCCUGGAAUGGUCGCAGAUGGAGGCCUUCCACCCGCCGUCCGGCGGCGACGACUCCGACGACGGCGCGGGGGGAUCACGGUCCGUCGCGGAGCCGCUCCCGGACACCACGAGGGUCGGCGAGCUGCGGAUGCAGCCCAUGGACCCGGACCGAAUCCUGGCCUUCUACGACGAGAUGGGUUUUUUUACGCUGAAGCAGCGGCUGCUGGACCGGCUGGCUUCCGCCGGAGCCGUCGGAAACGCGGCGGGCACGACGAAAAGUCCGGUGGUGAACCGCCAGGGAAACCGCGGCAGUGCCGACAGCAACGUCCAACACCAAGGCAACGAAGGCAGAUACGACAACAAGAACAACAAAAAUAAAAAUCGCCUCGAGCACGGGACAGACAACACAGAUGCAAGACCUUCCGCAUCGUCGCGUGCCACAUCGCCUGCCACCAGCGCCCCCAACGAAGCAACAAAACAGAAGAAAAAAAGCAAGCGCAAUUUUUGGGAAACAAAGACGAGGGGGAUACCAACACCAGAAGAAUUCAAAGACGUUCCCUUUUGAGACCCCAUCGAGUGGAUUAUCUCUAGGACACGAAUGAU